AUGUCUUCCUCUCAUAAGGAGCGGACGAUGGAGUCGCGCACGGGAAGAAGCAAGCAGCGUUACAACUCCAAAGGCGAGCGUCUGGUUGCCGGCGUUGUUCCCCUCACAGAGGACAAGCACUACGUUCUCCUCAUCCAGUCUACUCGUAGGAAAGGCUGGGUGUUGCCCAAAGGCGGUUGGGAGACGGACGAAGAGUGCACCGAGGCAGCGGCCCGCGAGGCCUGGGAAGAAGCAGGCAUCAGCAUCGAGAUCAACUAUGACUUGGGAGAUAUCGUCGAGACUCGCCCGCCGAAGCACUCCAGCAAGGACUCGUCAAAGUCCCUGUACCGAUUCUACGAAGCGACAGUCGUUCGCCAAGAGGACAACUGGCCCGAGAAGCACAAGAGGGAGCGUCAAUGGAUGACAUACACCCAGGCCAAGGAAGCGUUGGCGGCACGGCCAGAGCUUCUUGAAGCCUUGACUAGAUGCACUAUGAAAAAGUCAUGA